AUGGAACACGACCAAUUGACACUGCAGCCGUUACAGAAGUGUACCGAGCGCGCAAACGCUAGCGACGAUUUGGCGGACAUUGUGCAACUUGUCAACGACGGUGUUCAUGCCAACUAUCACUACGGGCACGACCGGCUACCAGCUAUACAUCUUCUCUGCCAUCGGUGGGUGACAAUGUCAGGGAAAGAGACAUCGCAAUGGUUGCGCGCGUUUGAUUCACUGUUGGCUCUCGGAGUGGACGUUGCACUAGAAGAUGCUGAGGGAAACACUGUGCUGCACACUGCUGUAUCCUGUAGAUGCCCUGCAUCAGCAAUCACCCAUCUUGUAGAACGAACUCAUGUCAAUGUGAACAAAAAGAACAAAAGCGAAGAAACAGCUCUUCAUAUUCUGCUCAGCAAAGAACAAAAAGUAGACCGAGAAGUGCUUCGAUCUCUUGUGAGAGGCGGUGCUGAUGUAACUGUGGUUGGAAAAGACGAGCAAACUCCACUCCACUUGUUACUGGAUAAACCAGAGAGAGAAUGCAUGUCAUUGAUGAACAUUGUGCAAGAGUAUCAACAUACCUUUGCCAUGCUACAUUGCAUCGUAAUGCUGGGCACAGAAGCUCAAAUGAAUAUGUUGUUGAAGCAAUGUGAUAGACGUGGAAAUAAAGUUAACACAGACCUCAUUGUCACGGCUGCAAGUUCUUCUUCGAUUCCUUGUCGAAAGAUAGAGAUACUGAUGACGAGAGGUCUAAGUAUUAGCACAGUCUGCCUACAUACAGGAGACAAUAUACUUCAUCGAGCUGUUUCAUCUGGUAAUAUAGCAGUUCUAAAGAUGGCAUUACAAAAUGGUGUUCCUCAAAUUCCAGAUAAUAACGGUGAUUUACCGAUUCAUAUAGCAGCUGGAAGUGUUGGCACUGUUGAGCCGCUUUCUCUGUUGUUGAGCCCAAAACUAGAAAAUGCCAAAAAUAGAGCAAAAGCAACACCGUUGUCACUUGCAGUGAGAAAUGGGAACAAAGACAAGGUCGAGCUGCUAAUUCAAUGUGGUUGUAUGCCAGAGAAAUCCAAGAUGCUCAAAUUCAUACCACACGAAACGCUUUCAAUGCUUGCCAAGCCAGCAAUCAUUGCACAAUCACCACAGCCACUCAUGUUUUGUCUGCAAAUGGUGACAACAUUCAGAAACGCGUCCGAAGUCCAAGAGUUAAACAAAGAAGAGUGUCUUGCAACAGCAAAUCAAAUGGUCUCAAUAGCAACAGAUUUAGUCAACGGAAGCAAAAUAUUCCCAUCAGAUGAUGUCAUCAGUUACGGAAUCGACCAGAAAAUAAAAGAGUUCAUUGCCUGUUGUACAGUCCAGAAGCAUUUGACACACUGUUGGUAUGCUUGUGAUCAAGAAUCAGGCAUCGGCACACUAUGUCUUAUUCGCAACAUCAUCAUCUACUACCUGUUAUUCCCAUUCCUUGCACUGCGAACACUCCCUCGUUCUAUUCGAGAAUUUAUUAACAUGAAAAGAUCACCAAUUGGACCCUAUGUGCAAUACAUGUCAUACAUAAUCUCAUACAUAAUUUUUCUUAUAAUUCUUGUGACACAUGUUGUUUGUGUCAAGUCGCAGCCAAGAUGCAAGAAUCAACACAGAGACACAGGCUGUAAACUGAACACCGUAGAUUGGAUUCUCAGUAUCUAUGUAGUCGCCUUGAACGUCGAAGGUCUGAGUCACAUGAAAAAGCUGAGACUCAAGUCUCGAAGUAUAGCCACAUACGAUGACAUUCUAACUGCUCUGUCAACUAUUCUCUUAAACGUGUACUUCAUUAUCAGCAUCGUUUGCUUCUAUGGAAACUUUUCGGUCUCUGCCAAAUCAAAAGCUAUACGAGUUGCUUUCUACUUCCUCAGUGUUGGACUCGCGUGCUCAUUCUACCAUUUUCUCCAGAUGGCCAAAUCACAUUCUGUUCUUGGUCCAAUACAAAUAUCCAUUGAGCACCUGUUAAUGCAGACUGUUGGAUAUCUAGUAUAUUUGAUAUUCCAACUGAUCAUAAUGUCAUCUGUCAUCACCGGAAUCUAUGGAGCAGAAUUGCAAAGUCUAGGAAUGAUGAAUGAGACUAAACCACUGUUACUAGCUGCUAAAUCUCGAGGGGUGAGAUAUAGAAAUCGACCACAUGCACCGGCUUCUGAAGGUUUUGGAAAAGCCAUAGAAUACUUCUACUUUUCGAUGUUUGGAUUGGCAAAUCUAGAUGAUUUCAUGAUCGAUCCCAAAUUAUCUCCACAAUCAACUGAAGAAAUUAUUGCCAUAAUUCUCUUUGGUAUAUGGCUCACAGCAUUUUCCAUCUUCUUUCUCAGCAUGGUCGUAGCCUUUGUGACAAAUGCAUAUCAGACCGUUCAGGCUAAUUCGGAGAUUGAAAGGAAGUUUGCAAAGGCUGUCAUUAUACGUCGGUUGCUGGUGUCCCCUCCAUUGCCCGUGCCAUUAAACAUAUUAUACUACACGUUACAGAUCCUAUCUUGUAACUUUGCAAGACAAAAAGUGUCACAUCACAAGACUCAGUGGUCAGAAGAUCAGACCAUAGAUGCCACAGAUAGCGUAUCGCAAAAGCAAAUGAUGAACUGCUUUCUCGAAAAUGUAAAUCAGAAGAACGAAGACAGUGCAGUCACCAAAAAGGACUUCAAUAGAGUAUAUUCUGAAAUCAACAAUUUGAAAGUAUGCAUUGCCAAUCGACCUUCGCUUCCAACAAGUCAGUCAUGUGGCAAACAUUAUGAGCUCGACAACAGUCCACUGCAACUGAAACUGCGUGACUCUCUCUCUCCUUUUGCUGCAUCUAUGACCAGACUGGCCGAAUCUGUGCUUCAUCUGGAGACCAGACUCUCAACAAUCGAAAGAAAGUUUGACGAUACAAUUGUCUGAUCCUGAGUUCACAGUUGAAGCACCAUAAACAGUUUACACGUGUAAACAGUUCAGAAAAACUUUUCUGUUACAACAAUAUGAAACACAACCAUAGCCAUUUACAAGUUCAACACAUUUUGUGUAACGUGUAGCAUAGACAUAGCAAUAAUCAGAUAUGAUCUGCCAGGUGUUGAAAUUUAGUAAAUCUAACAUAUACGCUCAAAGCAUGAUGACAGGUCUCCACAACAGAAUUAAUUGUAAUACUACAAAAACUACACACAAACACAUACCACACCAAGUUGGCAAAAUUUUUACCACUGAUGUCAUAUUGAUGUUGCCAUAGACACAAUCAGUAGACUGCUACAUGUAUUUUGUAUCAGCACUAAUACAAUAGUGAGGCACCAAGACAAGAGCAAUAGUCACUUUUCUAUUACCUACCCCACAUUACAUACGUAGUCUGUCUAUAUGGCUAGGCUUUUGAAAAGCCAAUUUGCCAUAUGCCUGCACUUACGACUACAUUUAAUUAAUUAAGUCAAUAUACUAGUGCUGUGUGAUAUAGUUUACUAGCAUAUCAACUAUCACUGUAUUAUCAUGAUACAAUAAGUAUCACAAUAAUUUUAAUGAAAGAUUUCAAAUGACGUAUUGAACAAAAGUGGA